UGACGUCAUUGUCGUGCGUCGUUCCGCCGCUAAAGGAAAGAUGGCUCUGGCGCGGCCGACGCGACUCUUAGGACUAGCGGCUCGGUUACUCUUAGCGCUCCGACGGAACCUCGUGGUCCGCGGUCCCGACGAGCCCUUGCCAGUGGUGCGCAUCCCCCGGGCUCUACAGCGGCGGCAGGAACAGCAGCAGAGCGGGCGGCGGAAUCCACCGCAGCCAGUGCUAGUGCGACCUGGUCCGCUGCUGGUCUCGGCUCGGCGACCGGAGUUGAACCAGCCCGCGCGCCUCACGCUAGGCCGUUGGGAGUCCGCGCCGCUCGCUUCGCGCGGCUGGAGAAGUCGGCGCGCGCGCGGGGAUCAUUUCUCUAUCGAGCGCGCGCAACACGAUGCGCCAGCGCUGCGGAACCUCUCGUCCCAGGGCAGUUUCGCGAACCUGGGCCUGGAGCCUCGGGUGCUGCGCGCACUGCAGGAGGCUGCGCCUGAAGUCAUUCGGCCGACGACAGUGCAGCUCAGCACCAUCCCGCCGCUACUGCGCGGCCGCCACGCCCUUUGCGCCGCGGAAACCGGCAGUGGCAAAACUCUCAGCUAUCUCCUACCGCUGUUUCAGCGGCUCUUGGCCCGGACCAGUCUGAACUACCGCCAUAUCCCCUUUCCCCGGGGCCUGGUCCUCGUGCCUUCCCGAGAAUUGGCCGAACAGGUGCGAGCUGUGGCCCAGCCGUUGGGUAGCUCCUUGGGCCUGCUGGUGCGGGAGUUAGGGGGAGGCCGUGGCAUGAGUAAGAUCAGACUUCAGUUGUCCAAACAACCUCCAGCAGAUGUGCUAGUGGCCACUCCAGGGGCUCUGUGGAAGGCCCUGAAGAGCCAACUGGUCAGCCUGGAGCAGCUUGCUUUCUUGGUGUUGGAUGAGGCAGACACAUUGCUGGACGAAAGCUUCCUGGAAAUGGUGGACUACGUACUGGAGAAGAGCCAUAUAGCAGAAAGUCCAGCUGACUUAGAAGAUCCCUUCAAUCCCAAAGCUCAGCUGGUGCUGGUGGGGGCCACAUUUCCUGAAGGUGUGGGCAAGCUACUGAGUAAAGUCACCAGCCCAGACGCUGUCACCACCAUCACCAGCUCCAAGCUCCACUGCAUCAUGCCUCAUAUCAAACAGACAUUUGUGAGGCUCAAGGGAGCAGAGAAGGUAACUGAGUUGGUGCAGAUCCUCAAGCAGCAUGACAGAGCAAGUAGGACUGGCCUCUCAGGAACUAUCCUGGUGUUCUGUAAUAGUUCUGCCACUGUGAACUGGCUUGGAUAUAUUCUGGAUGACCACAAAAUCCAACACUUACGGUUGCAGGGGCAAAUGCCAGCCUCAAUGAGGGCAGGUAUCUUCCAGUGCUUCCAGAAGGGCUCCCGAGACAUACUCCUCUGCACAGACAUAGCUUCUCGGGGCCUGGACAGCAUCCAUGUGGAGCUAGUUGUCAAUUAUGAUUUCCCCCCUACCCUGCAAGACUACAUCCACAGAGCAGGGCGGGUGGGCCGUGUGGGGAGCGAGGUGCCAGGCACUGUCAUCAGCUUUGUAACCCAUCCAUGGGAUGUGAGCCUGGUUCAGAAAAUUGAGCUGGCAGCUCGCCGGAGGAGAAGCCUUCCAGGACUGGAGUCCUCAGUGAGAGAGUCUUUGCCCCAGCAAACCUGAUUUUGGCUGGUUUAAAUGUGGUGCCAGAACCAGGGUCUUUCCCUGUGUUCUGGGUAGGUGAGUACACUUGGCAGUAGGAGGAACUGGGCUGUGCUGUCACCUCACUGAGGGCCCAGUGAGUUGCUAUCUGCCUUGGAAAGGUAUGCUGCUGCCCAGCAUUAGAGGCUGAGCUACUGAACAUGGCUGACUGUAGUCUUUCACAUGACACAUGAAAAUAAAGUGGAAUUUGGCUUUGAAUCGUGUCAUGAUUUCUAGCAAUACAUAAUGUCAUGAGUAAUUUAUGGGUCUCCUUUAAUAUGAAUUACCAUUGGGGCAAAAUUUGGUGGGCUCUAAGAUUAAUCAGACCCCAAACUGCAUGUACGACAAAGGCUCUUUCAGUUGAUGUUUUAAUUUGUAACCACUUAGGUCUUAAUUUUUUGCUCUCAAAAAAGUAUUCAUUAAAAUUUCUAGAAGAGGCAAAUACAUAGAAACAUUUAUUAGUGGUUACCAGGAGCUAGGGGGAAAUGGGAAGUUAUUACUUAAGGGGUUCCGAGUUUCUCUUUAGGGAGAUGAAAAUCAUUUGGAAAUGGAGAGUGGUGAUGGUCCAACAUGGUGAAUGUAACUGCUGUCACUGAAUUGUACAUUUAAAAAUAGUUAAAAUGGCAAAUUUUACCACAAAAUUAAAAUAUAUAUAUAUAUGUAUAUAUAUAUAUGUAUAUAUAUAUAUAUAUAUGCUUCUAGGUGAAGGGAAAAGGAAAUGUGACCAGCUGUGGGGAGAGUUUUCCUGUGCCAACAAGGCUCAAGGCAAGCUUGGCCAUUCUUGGUGGGAUCUCUCUGAAAAUAAAACGCAGCCUGACACAGAAGUAUUGUUUGGUAUGCAUUUCCAGGUUCUGUCUUCUAUCCCAUUUCCUUUGACUGAGGAAGAAUGGGAAGGAUUAAACUGUUAUGAAACUGGUAAAAUAAGCACAUGGCAUCCUCGCAUUAGCUCCUAGAUUCCAGUCUGCAGCAUUAUAUAAACUGUCUGAAGUGAAGAAGAGUCAAAUAAAAUAUUCCACAGGAUAAUUAAAAAUACUUGCACAUUGUUAAAAGAUUGGGUUGCACAGAACAGAAGUGGGCCCAUGGCAACCUGUACCAAAAUGUGCAGUCUUAGCUCUCUUUUCCAGACAAAGAAACUAAGGAUCAAAGAGAUAAAGAACUUGCUGAAGAUCACACAAGUGGUCAGAACCUGGCUUGUCUAUACCUUCUAUAGUGGUUAAAUUCACGUAACAUAAAAUUAAUGAUUUUAAAGUGAACAAUUCAGUGACAGUACAUUCACAGUGUUGUGCAACCACCAUCUCUGUAUAGUUCCAAAACAUUUUCAUCGCCCCAAAAAGAAACUCCUUAUCCUUUAAGUAGUUUCUUCCCAUCACCCUCUCCUUUUAGUGCCUGGAAACCAACAAUCUGUGUUCUGUCUCUAUGAAUUAACCUAUUAUGAAUAUUUCAUAUAAAUGGAAUCAUACAAGACAUGCCUUUUGUGCCUGACUUAUUUCACUUAGCAUAAUAUUUUCAAGAUUCAUCCGUGUUGUAGCAUGGAUCAGAACUUCGUUUUUAUGGCUGAAUAGUAUUCCAUUUUAUGUAUAUGUCACAAAUUAUUUAUCCGUUCAUCCAUUGAUGGACAUUUGGGCUGUUUCCACCUUUUGGCUAUUGUGAUUAAUGCUGCUUGAACAUUUAUGUACAACAAUUUGCUUGACUACCAGUUUUCAAUUAUUUGGGGUAUAUACCUAAUAGUGGAAUUGCUAUGUCAUAUGAUAAUUCUGUGUUUAACUUUUUGAGGAUGCCCCCCAAGCUUUUUUCUAUAGCAGCUGAAGAAUUUUACAGUCCCACCAGCAAUGUACAAGGGUUCCAUAAAUGUUGUGUUCUUACCAUGCCAGCUUUUCUCAAAUGUGAUUCAUGCAUAAAAUAAUUGUGUAUCUCUGUUCUCCUGAAAUAUUCCUACAUUAUGCCUGGUGUAGUUUUUAUUAUCGCCCACUUCGACUCUCAAAAGCACCCUAAUUUAGACAAUUAUUUGGUCACUCUAUGUAGGGACCACUGCAGCAGAACCACCCAGGUGGUUGGUCCAAAGGUUGUCAUAAUGUAGAUUCCUGGGCCUGACUCCAGAUCAGAUUAAGCUGUGUGCUUGCCCAAGAAUCCAUAUUUUUGCAAGCUUCCCGGGUGAGUCUCAGGUCCUUUUAAGAUAAACCAUUUGUCCAUGCUGUACUGCCUCCAUGUCCCACCCAGGUCCUGGUUAGGCAUCAGUAUCCCACCAGGUAACAGGGACGUUCCCAGACAACUACUCUGGCCAGAGCCAUGAGUAGUCUCAUGCUGGCCCUCCUGCCAAGACAAACUCCCCGGAACCUUCCCCUUCCCACUACCUGCUACCACUCCCCACAGUUAGUCUGUUCUAAUUAGGCCUGACAUCCCUCUGGAGCCUUGGUGACACAGUGCUUAAGAGGAGCUGCUAACCAAAAGGGGAGCAGUUCUAAUCCAGCAGCUGCUUUUUGGAAACCCUAUGGGGCAGUUCUUCUCUGUCCUAUAGGGUUACUAUGAGUCGGAAUUGACUUGACGCAACACGUUUUUCAGGUUUCCCUCUGUGCUAACAUGCACCAAGGAACUUAAGAGGUAAAGAGAAGGUGCUGUGAUUCUCACCCAGCCUUGCCCAACGUCCAAAAUGGUAGUCCAAGCAGAUUUUGCCUCCUAGGUGCAUCCCCUCUACUACAGCCCCAGCAAACAAAUGGCCCAUUUCUGCUUACUCAAGACCAACAAACAGAACUCCUAAGGAAGGCUAUUCCAUCUUCGGAUAUCUCUCAUUACCAGGAAGUUCUUGGCCACACUGACCCAAGGCUGCCUCAAAUGUAAUCCCCUAGUGUGGGUCAAAUUCUGCCUUAGUUAUCUAGUGCUGCUAUAACAAAUACAGCAAGUGAGUGGCUUUAACAAACAGAAAUUUAUUCUCUCACAGUUUAGGAGGCUAGAAGUCUGAAUUCAGGGCCCCAGCUGCAGGGGAAGGCUUUCUCUGUUGGCUCUGGGUGAUGGUUCUUCUCAUCAAUCUUCCCUUAGGUCUAGGAGUUUUCUCAGUACAGAAACCCUAGGUUCCAAGGACGUGCUCCACCCCGGCUUUUCUUUCUUGGUGGUAGGAAGUCCCCCUUCUCUUUGCUCACUUCUCUCUUUUAUAUCUCAAAAGAGAUUGACUCAAGAAGACAAAGUAAAGUAUUAUAAUGAAGUGUGGAAAGACCUGGAGUUAGAAAACCAAGAGGAAAGAACAUGCUCCGCAUAGAAUAUGAUGUUUCAACAAACGGAUGCAGCACUGGAGAUGCUCCCUCGUCUAUGCCAAAAAAUUGGGAAGACUGCUACCUGGCCAACCAACUAAAAGAGACCCAUGUUUGUGCUCAUUACAAAGAAAGGUGAUCUAUCAGAAAGGAGAAAUCAUCAAACAUCACAUGCGAGGAAAAUCUUGCUGAAGAUCAUUCAAAAAUGGUUGCAGGGGAGGCGGAGCCAAGAUGGCGGAAUAGACAGACGCUUCCGGCAAGGCCUCUUUAAACAAAGACCCGAAAAAACAAGCAAAACGAGUAUAUUUGUGACAAGCUGGGAGCCCUGAGCAUCAAAGACAAGCUUAGACAAUGAACUGAUGGGCAGGGGGAGAAAGAGACCGUUCAAAAGUGGAGAGGAGUUACCGGAUGUGAAUUGCGGCAGGCCCUCAAUCACCAUUCCCUGAGCCGCGGCGGCGACACCAGCAGCGGCGGGCAGGUAUUAGUGUUUGGCCGCAGUUUCUUCAGGGAGAAGCAGCCAACCACACAGCCUACUCACACCUCCGGAACGGGAGAAGAAGGGGACUCUCGACAAAAUCUAUGUACUUCAGUGUAUUUUACCGCACCCCCCACCCCAAACCGGCUUCAGCGGCGGAAUCCCUGGGCCUGAGAUAGGCCCCGUUGAGCACAUAGAGCCAUCCUCCCGGCCUUGGGGAAGGAAGAAAUUUGCAAUUUGGGGGAAAAGAUAAUUGGCUAGCUCCAUUAACCGGGUUAGCUCAGGACAGAAGCGGCUCCUGUCCAGGCAUAAACUGUGUGGAACUUGAGCACCUUUCCCUUCUGCAUGGACCUAUGUGGGCCUAUCUCAGGAGAAUAGGCCCUUGUUGGCAAACUCCAACCAUUUCAGCUGUGCGGUGGAGAGGUGGGUGUUUGAUGUUUGACAUUGCCUAUUAAACAAGGUCCUCACCUACCCACAUCAGGGACCUAAGGACUGGUACCUCCACUCAGGUCACCCAGCCACCCACGACAGCAGUCCAAGGAUUACUGGUACCUCCCAGUCCUUACAACCAAAAACUUUGGGUGCCCAUGGUCCGUCUGCAGAACCCACCCACCAGCACGCUUGGGGGAACAGGGACGCGUUGUCCUCAGAGACACUCGGUACGUUCUCGGCCCCCUGCCUUGUUCAGAGCGUGACCCCCUGCUGCAAUCAGAUACCAGUAUAUAAGCCAAUCACCCCUGCCCCUCUAAGACUGUAGGACAGAGCCUGUACCACACACUUGAUGAUCAGCUACCCAGAAACCUUAGCUGAAUUCAUACAAGAAAACUGAAUGGACUGCUAGACUGAUACACCUGAUAACAGCUCUAGCCUGCUGGGGACAGGACACCAGAGCUCCAAAGGCAAAAAUAAUCAAGCUAGCUCACUCAAGCAACCCACAGGGGUAUACCAAAACAAAGCAAGAAGCUACAACACAGUAAGCAAGCAUAAACUAAUAAAACAACUUAUAGAAAUCUCAGAGACAAUAGUCAAUAUCAAGUCACAUAAAAUAACAGACCAUGAUCACCUCAACAGGCCCUCAAAACAAAGAAUACACAAAUCUUCUAGAUGAAAGUGCAUUCCUGGAAUUACCAGAUGCAGAAUAUAAAAGCUUAAUAUACAGAACCCUUCAAGACAUCAGGAAGGAAAUGAGGCAAUAUGCAGAACAAGCGAAGGAACACACAGAUAAAGCAACUGAAAUUAUAAAGAUUACUCAGGAACAUAAUGAAAAGUUUAAUAAGCAGCAAUCAGAAAUCCAGAAGAUUAACAAUAAAAUUACAGAAGUAGACAACUCAAUAGGAAGUCAGAGGAGCAGAAUUCAGCAAGUAGAAGCUAGAAUUUCUAAACUCGAAGAUAAAUCACUUGGCACUAAUAUAUUUGAAGAAAAAUCAGAUAAAAGAAUUUUAAAAAAUGAAGAAAACUUGAGAAUCAUGUGGGACUCUACCAAGAGAAAUAACCUAUGAGUGAUUGGAGUACCAGAACAGGGAGGGAUAACGGAAAAUACAGAGAAAAUUGUUGAAGAUUUGUUGGCAGAAGACUUCCCUGAUAUUGUGAAAGAUGAGAAGAUAUCUAUCCAAGAUGCUCAUUGAACUCCACAUAAGGUAGAUGUUAAAAGAAAGUCACCAAGACAUAUUAUAAUCAAACUUGCCAAAACCAAAAAUAAAGACAGAAUUAUAAGAGCAGCGAGGGAUAAACAAAAAGUCAUCUACAAAGGAGAGCCAAUAAGAAUAAGCUCGGACUACUCGGCAGAAACCAUGCAGGCAAGAAGGCAAUGGGAUGACAUAUUUAAAAAACUGAAGGAAAAAAACUGCCUGCCAAGAAUCAUAUAUCCAUCAAAACUGUCUCUUAAAUAUGAAGGUGAAAUUAGGAUAUUUCCAGAUAAACAGAAAUUUAGGGAAUUCAUAAAAACCAAACCAAAACUACAAGAAACACUGAAGGGAGUUCUUUGGUUAGAAAAUCAAUAAUAUCAGGUAUCAACCCAAGACUAGAACACUGGGUAGAGCAACCGGAAGUCAACCCAGAAAAGGAAAUCCAAAAGAACAAAGCAAGAUUUAAAAAAAAAAAAAAGCCCAACACA